GUCGUUCUGAUUACGUCAACAAAGGCUUUGAAGUUUGAGGUUUGUUUUUAUUGCCAUUACGAUGAUAAUGCUAAUCUAACAUUCUGACAGUGUGAAGACUGGUGACCAGACAGUAUACAACUCCACGUAUACAGAAAACAAUACGGUGUAAGACAACUCAUUAUUGGGACCGUUUUACCAAUUUAUCACUUCCGCUGACGAAUCUCAAUUCUGAAAGUCCCGUAACCAACAUCUGAUGUGCGAGUAGGACAAGAGAAUUCAGACUUAUCCAGACGGCAACAAGUCGUGAUUUUAAGAAUUUCCGAAUCAAUUAUCACAGAAAAAUGGUUGUCGGUAAAAAGGGCUGGUGCGAUCAGACGGUGUUAUGUCAGUGGGCCAUGAACAAUCUCUUACUACUGCUCACUUUAAUUGGCGUGAUUGUCGGAUUCCUAUUGGUGCUAAUUAUGAGGCCUUACAAUCCGUCGGAUGAUACCAUUAUGUGGAUAGGAAUGCCAGGGGAACUAUUUUUACGAGGUUUAGAAAUGACCAUUAUUCCACUUCUGGUUUCCACGGUGAUAACAGCUGUGGCUGGCUUAGAGCUGAAAGAAAAUGGUCGCAUGGCAGCAUGGUCUUUUUUUUAUUUUGUUUGUACUACUUCUAUCGGGAUCACCACUGGAAUCGUGAUGACUGCCCUCAUAAGGCCUGGGGAACAGUUUGCGAUCCCUGGUAAAGAUAGUCCAGAGCCAGCACAGCAGACGGUCCACUACCAGACUCAGGACGUGUUUGCUGAUUUACUAAGGAAUUUAAUUCCAAGCAAUAUCAUCCGUGCUUGUUUCCAGUCGACUUUCACAAAAUAUGAAUCCAAAGAAGUUGAGAAUACAGAGAAUGUGAAUGGCACUAGUACCACUACCACUCUAACUAAACAGCUUGCAAUGACAAACAGAACAAAUAUUAUGGGUGUUGUAAUAUUUUGCAUAGCCUGUGGUAUGGCAAUGAGUGUUGAGCGAGUCAAGACAAAGCCAUUGCUUGACUUCAUGUGGGCUCUCAGAACUGUUAUAUUUAAAGUCUUUGGAGCAUUCAUUUGGAGUCUCCCCGUGGCAACCGCUAGUCUCAUUGCUGCAUCGUUGUUAAAAGUAGAGGAUCUACUCAUUGUGGAAGAGGAGCUAGGCAUGUUUGUGGCCACUGUCAUCACAGUUCUUUUUCUACACUUCUUUGCAAGCAUACCUGGCCUGUAUUUUAUUUUUACUAGAAAGAACGCAUUCAAAGUAUAUGGAGCUGUCAACAAAGCAAUCAUUACAUCAAUGGUCAUCAAAUCUGGAGCUGGUGCAUUACCAAUAAUGAUGAAAUGUUGUGAAACUGGCCGUGAAAAAAUGCAUAGAAGUGUCUCAAGUUUUGUACUUCCUUUAUGUGUCUGUUUCAAAGGGGAUGCAUCAGCCGCAUUUAUUAUGUGUUCUGUUCUGUGGUUAGGACAAAGAGCAGGAAUAUUCAUGUCAAUGGCAGAACUUAUAGCACUUGGAAUCAUGUCUACAUUUCUGUGUCUAUGUAUACCACCAAUUCCGAGUGCGUCUAUGGUUAUUAUUAUUCUCAUAUGUAACUCUGUGGGUGUACCCACACAGGAUCUAGGACUUCUACUUGCCUUAGAAUGGCUACUAGAUUCCUUGAGAACAGGAGUCAAUAACGGAAGCCAUGCGAUGUGUGCAGCCACAGUAAACCAUGCUAUGAGACAUAGGUUUAAAAAGAAAGACAAAGUCAAAACACUGGCUCUUAACUCAAACCAUGAACAUCAACUGAACCAGAUUACGGUGGACAGUGAAGACAACACAGAUUUAGAGAACGAUACCAGGCCACUUAUCUUGUCCCAGUAUUAGAUGCUGGGCCUCUUAUCGGGCCACCUAUCUUGGCUUAGUAUGCUAGGCAUCUUGUAUUGGCCAGUGUUAGAUGUGUUGGUUUCAAACUGUGAAACUAUUUGUUUACUAGUACUCACUUUCACAUCAUCACACCACAUGGUUGAACCAUGUCUCAUUUCUAGUCUUAUGAAUACAGCCUAUUGAUUGGAGCUUGACAUUUUGUUUUAAGAUUCACAAUGUUGUAGAUUUCA